AAAGGAAAAAAAGAAAAGAAAAUCCAGGCCCGUUCUGACGGAUCGGAGGGCGUCUGGUUCGUCGCCGAUUCCAUCUCCGCUGCGAAUCCCUCCCCAACCCCGAGCAGCUUCCGUGCAGAUUCGCACCGAGCUCGCGGCGAUUUGAUGAGAGAGAAUAGAAGCCAAGAUAAUCUGGGCUUCGCGAUGCUGCGGAACGUGGCCGUCGCCUUCCUCGCCUGCGCCGCCCUCUACCUCGCCUUCUCCGCCUACUCCCGUCGCCAGAGGAUUGCAGAGGUUCAGUUACCAGCAGUUACUCACCGGGUCUACCUAGAUGUAGAAAUUGAUGGCCAGCACAUAGGUAGAAUUGUUAUUGGUCUUUAUGGGGAGGUUGUGCCAAAAACAGUUGAAAACUUUAGGGCCCUUUCUACAGGUGAAAAAGGUGUCGGGCCCAAUGGCAAACCUCUUCACUAUAAAGGAACACCAUUCCAUCGUAUCAUCCCUGGUUUCAUGAUUCAGGGUGGUGACAUAGUUAGAGGCGAUGGGAAAGGAAGUGAGUCUAUUUAUGGUGGCACCUUCCCAGAUGAGAAUUUCACUGUAAAACAUACACAUCCAGGUGUUGUUGCUAUGGCGAAUUCCGGACCUGAUUCCAAUGGAUCCCAGUUUUACAUAACCACAAUCAAGACGAGCUGGUUGGAUGGGGAGCAUGUUGUCUUCGGCAGGGUGGUUCAGGGAAUGGACUAUGUGUAUGCCAUUGAAGGGGGUGCUGGUACCUACAAUGGCAAGCCAAGGAAGAAGGCUGUGAUCACUGACUCUGGUGAGAUACCCAAGGAGAAAUGGGGCGAGGAAAUGUAGGCUGUCUGCUUGCUCUGUCCCUGUGGGCACCACGACAUCUUCCCACCGGAUCACCACAUACAUUUUUACCUGCCUUCAUGUGCCACAGUUUAAGGCAAGACGUCUAAAAUGUUGUACAUUGUAGCCAGUUUAUAGUCAGUCGAAUCCCACUUUGUUUACCCAGAUCACUCGAGUUUUGUGAAUGGUGCUGUGAUUUGAGAACACGCACAUCUUCAGACAAUGCUUUAGCCAGGUUUUCUUAC